AUGGAGCUAUUAAGCAAACCUUAUGCAAUUGCUACUUUGCUACUUAUUGCAAUAUUUCUACCUAGCCUUCAAGUAACAGAGGCGCAAAUUGGUGUAUGUUAUGGAAGACUCGGGAACAACCUACCAUCCCAACAAGAAGUAGUAGCGUUGUAUAGAAAUAACGGAAUAACACGAAUGAGAUUGUAUGGUCCCGAUCCAGGGUCUCUCCAAGCCCUAAGAAAUUCAAACAUAGGGCUAAUCCUCGACGUGCCUAACUCCGAUGUCACAUCACUGGGCUCUAAUGCUGCAGCCGCAAACACCUGGGUCCAAAACAAUGUAGUCCCUUACGCGUCAAAUGUAAAUUUUCGUUACAUUUCAGUAGGUAACGAAAUCACGCCUAAUGAUGCUGUUGAUAAGUAUUAG